GCUGUGAUUCUUUCUUUGUCAGUGAAAUGUGAAAUUGACGGAAAAUUGAGGAUGGGCAAAUUUUGAGGAAGGCUUUCUCGCGCACCGAAUCACAGCCAACGCGCAGAUAAUUUGUGAGAAGCCUUAAUCGUGGGCGUUGGCUGUGAUUCGGUACGCGAGAAAGCCUUCCUCAAAAUUUGCCCAUCCUCAAUUUUCCGUCAAUUUCACAUUUCACUGACAAAGAAAGAAUCACAGCCCGUAAGUUUUACUUACCGUUCUUUCGCUUUAUACUGUUCCAUCCAUGCUAUAUUUAAUUUUUAUCUUUGCAGUUUAUAUAUAUUUAUCUUUGCAUUUUUAUAUGUAUAUAUAUAAUGUAUAUAUCUAUGCAUUUAUAUAUAUUUAUUUUAUUUUAUUUUAUAUGUGUAUAUAAAACGCCCCGCUUCGCGGGGCGUUGGACUUAUGCAACUCAAGAUAUGACAUGUAAACUUUAAAACGCGAUAUCUCCGGAACGGCUACAUAGAUUUUCUUCAUUUUUGGCAUGGAGCUAGAUACUAUAGUCAACUAUUACAUAUCAAAAUUUGAAGCAAUUCUAUAAAGCGGUGCUCGAGAUAUUCAUCGAAAACUCAUCGAAAAUUUUGUUUUCGAUUUUAGCGCCACUUGCGGUCAUUUCUUGAACUUGCAAUGUUCCGAGGAGUUGUAGGGCUCAUUAUUAUCUUUCAUUUGAGCCCGAGUUGAUCAAAAUCGGUCAAGCCGUUCUCGAGUUAUGGCCGAUUUUCGAUGAAAAAUUGUGGCGGCCAUAUUGGCUAAACGGCUUGGCCGAUUUUCGAAAAUGAGGUAUCGUUGGAAAGGUCUUGAUGGCCCCUACAACAUAUAAAAAUUUCAGAUUUUUAGCUAUUACAGGGGCUGAGAUAUAGCGAAAACAAAAUUUUGAGGUUAUUCAAAAUGGCGGACGCGGGGGUGGGGGGUUGGAUUUGACUUCAUAAUCGGAUGUCUUCCACCUGAUAUAUGAACUUUGCCGUUGACCGCAAGUCUCUAUCUAUUACCGUUCUCUUGCAAUUUAGAGAAAGGUUCCGGCCGGCCGGACGGCCGGACGGACGGACGGACGGACGGCCGGCCGGAAAAAUUUUUGGCGCCACCAUUUUUUGGAAUGUGGGGACCCUAAUUCGUGCUCAUCCCAAGUUUGAGCCCGAUCUGACGACUUUGCAUUUUAGAGUGUACACAGAAGCUGUGCUUCUUUUAAGAAAGAAUCACAGCUAAAAAAGAUAGAGAUUCAAGAGUAGAUAAGGGAUAACACGGGUUAAUUAUAGGAUGUCCUUCCGGUUUCCUGGCGACGAUAAAAAUCCAAACACGCGCUCUUCAACCAAUACUGAAUGCCAGAUUUGCAUUAAUCGUUCAGUGCAGUGGUCAUUCUUGAACAUUUAGCAAAGAUGAAGCAUCAACAAGUGGUAGUGGACUACUGGACCAUGGUUAAGACGUCAUUCACGUACUUAAUCCUUGUGGCUGGUGCGUGGCUCAUGUUCAGAUUGUUCCACGCUGUGUUCUGGUUCCCAAAGAUUCUACAGCAGAAGCACGAGGAAAUUGCCCGAAGGAUUGAGUAUCAUGCCAAAAGACUCCAGGAGGCCCUGCCGAAGGACGAGCAAGAGCCAGAGGGGGCAGUGAACAAUGUGCCAGCAACGCCAGCACCUUCUGAGAAUGAAACAACAACUUCUGGGGAAGAGGCGAAGAAGGAAAAGUAGGGAGGAUUCUGUUGAAAUUAUAAUACUCACUAUAGUAUUGUAUUGUGUAUAUAUUUUAUACAUUUCAACAAGAUUUAAAGUUCGUAAACUA